AUGAAGCGAACUACCAACGGCGCAGCGGUGUUGAGCUAUGUCGUCUUCCAUGCAUUGAUCGGCGAGCAUAGUGGAUUCAUUUGCGUGUAUCCUCAGUGUUUACCGAAGGGCAACCUUCAUGAUGAAUACACUUUCUUGUGCAGCUUCAAUCCAAGAGCAGGACUAGUCAAGGCAGGAAGACAUCCGUGCAGAUCGUGGACGGUCAGUGACGGGACGAUACGAUGCAGAACAACUAGAAGUGCACUCGAGGAGAGCAACUCGUCUCUGAGCUCUCCGUCUUACGUGGAAGACAGCCAACACAUCCCCUUGCUAAAGGAAAAGCCCUCAAGAGCCAAUUUUGCCACGGGAGACGAAAGCCCGAGAAACAGGCGAGGAAGCUCUGGGAAACAGGCAAGGCUUUCAUCCUUCAAUAUCAUUCUGACCAGUUUGAUUGACUUUUUGAUGUGUGAUGUACGGCACUUUUGGUAUCAGAAGAGGGACGUGAGGAAGUUGAAGACAGAUGCAACGACUCUGAUGGGCUCGCAAGACCCAGGGCGAGCGAUGGGAGGAGAACGAUUGAUAGAAACAAUCGACUUUCUGGGUGUUUUCUCUGAGAGCUUCAAGAAGAUCAACGCUGAUGCUGUAGAAGCGGCUGGAAAUAUCUCCGGGGCCGGAAACAAAUCACAGGAAACAAGCAUUAUACCGAAGCUUGAUAGUGAUGUGAUCAAGAAGAUAGACUUCCUUGGUGUCCUUAAUGCAGAGAUGGUCCCUUUGAUGCGGUACAAGACUAGUCAGAAGUCGUUGAACAUUGUCGACCUGCUCAAGUCCAACGAGGAGAUGAUGAAGAAAGCAGGAGGAAGCGCCCUUGGCAGCGAGAUUCUGCUCAACACACUCGCGAAGUUCCGUCCUUCGUUUGGAUUGCCUGACAUGAAGGAUUCUAAAUCAACGCCAAGAAUCAUCUCCAUUCCAGGAAACCUGUUGCAAUACAACGAUGCAGAGAAGCUGAUAGAUGUCCUUGUGAGGGAGCGCUACGAGGAAAUGAUGGACUUGCUGUUUGAGGUCCAACAACCAGAUCACUUUCGACUUCCGGCCGCUCUCCUGAUUCGUUUCCUCCAGUAUGUAACGCUGAAGAUUGAUGACCUCUCUCCGAAGCAAGUUGCUAUCGUGUUGAAUGCUGCGAUUGGAUGCAAGCCGAGCAAGCAGCUGUUUCGAGCGGCUUCGGGUCGAGUUGUGAAGAUGCACGACGAUCCCGUCAGAAAUUUUGUUUUCACCGAGCAGAGCAUCGCCAUGAUCCUCAACGCAUUCACAAGAGCUCGACGGUCUGACCUCCACAGACGAGCCAUCCAAUGCCUUAUCACCGUCAUCAUGAAUGGCCGCAAGAGGAACGACAAGUGGAAGCAAAACUCUGCCUCCUCUUCCUCCUCUUCCUCCUCCUCAAGGCCCCGCAGACUAGGUUCGUCAGGGUCGCCUCGCUCCUCCGGCGGCGGUCGCAUCGGAAGCAUGGGGCAGAGGAGCUCGUUCGAGGUCUUCACUCCCCUCCAGACCCCUGCCAGGACCCAGAGCGCCAACGGGCAUGGAUGGUCAGCGCAGAACCUCGGGAUAGCGAUGAACGCGAUCUCGAAGCUCUACCACACCAUCACGACAGCGAGGGUUGAAGCAGGGGAUAAUGAGGGAGAGGAAGGCGAGGGUACAGGGAGGAAAAAGGAUGACGAUGAAGUGGAGGAUGAUGGGGCAGUUGAAGUUAUUGGAUUCACUUUAUCCGAUAUUCUUCUCUUCUUAGCGAGGAAAGCAGCGUACCUUCCGCCUUCUACCUUCAACUCCAAGGCGAUUGCAAGCAUCUCCAACGCCUGUGCCCGGGGGAGGCUGCAAUACCCAAGAGUCUUCGAGACACUAGCUGCUGCCGUUGAGAUGCUUCCGACUAGCAUGUGGAACUCUCAGGAGAUCUCGAUGCUUGCCAACGCCAUGGUUCGCUGCGGGUACUACAACGAGACUGUCAUCGAACAGAUCGGCCGCGUCGUCUGCAGCCUAGAAGGCAGCUCCUUCAAGCCACAAGGCAUCGCCAUGGUCACUAACGCGCUGUCCAAGUGGGAGGGAGGAGGAGAGGCGUCAGCAGGGAGCAUCAGGAUACCCAGGAGUGUGUGGGAGCACCUCUCCUUCACUGCCUUGUCUCUCACGUCAACACAAGAGUGGUCGACUCAGUCCCUCGCUCUUGUGCUCAACGCCUUCAGCUACGAGGGGAUGGUGAGCAGGGAAAUGCAUGAGAGGAGGGGGGCGAGUGCCGCCGAUCUCCUCCGCUUUCUCAUCACCAUGGCUCCUAGCAAGGAAAAGAACAUGUGGGAGCCGCAGGUGUCAAGAGCAGCAGCUUACAUGAAAGAUGUCUGCCUACUUCACUCACCAGAUCAGCUUGAUAUGAUCAGCAUCUCCAACAUUGCCAAUGCGAUGGCUAAGUUGAGGAUGAGAGAUGUGAAAUUAAUGAGCUUCCUGGCUCAAGCUGCUGUUAUAAAAGAUCCUUCCGUCUUCUCAACUCAGGCCAUCUCGAACAUCUACAACGCAUUUGCUCGACUAAACGUGUUCAAUCAAAAGCUCUGCUCCCAUCUCUCUCUAGCCGCCCUGCUCAUCCAUCCCUCAUCUUUCGCCCCUCAGAUCCGGCAUAUGGCGCAUGCGAUGAUCAUCAACAUCGACGAUGCCGACGAGCAAGCCGUCUCCAACUUUAUCCACUCCCUUGCCACUUUGGACAUCAAGGCUCUAGCGAACAUCGCGUGGAGCAUGGCGAUCUUGAACUGCACUGACGAGGCUCUCUUGCUUUGGGUUCAUCAAUUCAUCACUUGGAAGGCUCUGCAGCUUCCCAGAUGGGCGAGUGAUGAGGCGCGAGCUUUGACGAGUGAACGAUCGGCGGCCGUUCGGUGGGACGGAAGUGAGGACAGUGAUUGGAAGCAGUUUGUGAAGAGACGAGUGUUAAGAGACAACCCAUCCACUUCUAGCUCGAACCUUCAGAAUUCUGUUGCGCUCGCUAUCGCUGCACUUGAUCUGGAGAUGAUCGAAGAAAUGAAAGACACCGUCUCAGGAUACAGACUGGACAUCUUCCUUCCCGCACAACAAAAGGUCGUUGAGGUCGAUGGCCCUCGCCAUUUUGCUUUCGAGACCAGAAGGCCGUUGGGUCCCACAGUGCUAAAGCGGAGGAUCCUGGAGCUGCUCAGAUACAAGCCAGUUACAAUUCCUUACUGGGAGUGGGACGAGCGAGGAGGAGGAGCAGGGGGUGGAGGCUUCACACGCGAGCAGCUGGAGUACCUGCGGUCAAAGAUCUUCGACCAUACCAUGGGAGAUGCUGUGGCGGCAGACCGUCGCUAG